CCAACAAGGCAAGAGUUGGUCGUACAAACCGCACACAGAAGUUAUUUGCGGAAAACGUGCGCGUUACUCCGUUAACGUCAAUUUCUUGGUUUCACUUGGACGAACAAACAGGGCAGCUGCAAUGUGGAUUCAAGUUCGCACAAUGGAUGGGAAGGAAACCCACCGGGUGGAUUCCCUGUCCAAACUCACCAAGGUAGAUGAGCUGCGUCUCAAAAUCAGCGAGAUCUUCAAGGUGGAGCCAGAGAGGCAGAGGCUGUUCUACCGUGGCAAGCAGAUGGAGGAUGGCCAUACCAUAUUCGACUACAACGUGGGUCUUAAUGACAUAGUGCAGCUGCUUGUUAGGCAGAAGAUGCAGCCCAUCAAUGUCGUCAAAAGCAAGGACAAAGAAGCUGAGCUCUCCGACUCCGAUUCUGGUUGUGGCUCAACCCAGAGUGAGUCUGACAAGAGCUCAACUCACAGUGAGGUAGAGGGUCAGACCGCCGGCACCUCUGCCCAGACGACCCCAGAGCUCAUCGACCCAGGGUUUGGAUUUUACAAGAUCAAUGAGCUGGUUGAUGCAAGGGAUUUGAACAUGGGGGCGUGGUUUGAGGCCCAGAUUGUGAAUGUUACAAAGACGGAAAAGACGCCUAAAGAAGAGGGUGCUGAGGCGCAGCCAGCGGGGGAGGAGAUACUGUACCAUGUUAAAUAUGAAGACUACCCAGAAAACGGAGUGAUUCAGUUGCUGGCCAAGGAUGUUCGUCCACGAGCCCGCACAGUGUACCAGUGGCACCAGCUGGAGCCACAAAUGGUCGUUAUGGUCAACUACAAUCCAGAUGACCCCAAGGAGCGUGGCUACUGGUAUGAUGCUGAGAUCCAGAGGAAGAGGGAGACACGCACCGUGCGAGAGAUCUAUGCCAAGAUUAUCCUUGGUGAUGCUGGUGACUCUCUUAAUGACUGCCGGAUCAUGUUCCUGACUGAAAUCUACAAAAUCGAGGAGCCUGGUUCCCUGGGUGACGCCCCAGCUGGAUCUGAGAGUCCACUAAAAAGGUCAAAUGGACCUGAAUGCAAGCACUGUAAGGACGAUCCCAAGAAAAACUGUCAGUGGUGUAACUGCCAUAUCUGCGGCAUCAAGCAGGAUCCUGACAAACAGCUGCUGUGCGAUGAAUGUGACAUGGCCUAUCACACUUACUGCCUGAACCCUCCACUCACCUCCAUCCCUGACGACGAGGACUGGUAUUGCCCAGGUUGCCGUAAUGACGCCAGUGAGGUCGUGUUGGCUGGAGAGAAGCUGAAGGAGAGCAAGAAGAAAGCCAAGAUGGCAUCUGCCAGCUCCUCCAGCCAGAGGGACUGGGGCAAGGGAAUGGCUUGCGUUGGUCGAACCAAGCAGUGCACCAUUGUCCCGUCCAACCACUACGGCCCAAUCCCCAGCAUCCCUGUCGGUUCCCUGUGGAAGUUCAGAGUGCAGGUUAGUGAAUCUGGCGUCCACAGGCCUCAUGUAGCUGGCAUUCAUGGCAGGAGCAACGAUGGUGCCUACUCUCUGGUCCUGGCAGGAGGAUAUGAGGAUGAUGUGGAUGAUGGUAAUGAGUUCACUUACACUGGGUCUGGAGGGCGAGAUCUUUCUGGAAACAAGAGGACCGCUGAGCAGUCGUGUGAUCAGACACUUACCCACAUGAACAGGGCGCUGGCUCUAAACUGCAAUGUGCCUGUCAAUGACAAAAACGGAGCUGAGGCCAAGAACUGGAAAGAAGGCAAACCCGUUAGAGUUGUGCGCAGCUGCAAAGGUCGCAAGCAUAGUAAAUACUCCCCUGAGGAAGGAAACAGAUAUGAUGGGAUAUAUAAGGUGGUGAAGUACUGGCCAGCCAAAGGCAAGUCUGGCUUCUUGGUCUGGCGUUAUCUGCUUAAGCGUGAUGAUGAUGAGCCAGCACCGUGGACCAGAGACGGCAAGGAACGCAUCAAGAAGCUUGGUCUCACCAUGCAGUAUCCUGCUGGCUAUCAGAAAGAGAAAGAGAACAAAAAUGAAGUGGAGGAGGAGGCGGCAACACCCAACAAGUCAAAGAGGAAGAGAAAAUCUCAGGCCAGUGAAUCCCCCAAGACCUCACCAGCAAAGACUCCCAAGAAAAUAAAGGUAGAAGUGUACAAGCUCACCCAGGAGCAGAAAGGUCUUAUCAAGAGUGAUGCACCAAACAAAAAGCUGUGGGAUGAAGCCAUGGAGUCACUGUCACUUGGACCGAAAUUCUUGAACAAAGUUGAAGAAGUUUUCCUCUGCAUUUGCUGCCAAGAAGUGGUCUAUAUGCCCAUAACCACAGAGUGCCAACACAAUGUCUGCAGGGAAUGCCUGCAGCGGUCCUUCAAAGCAGACGUGUACACCUGCCCGGCCUGCAGGCACGACCUGGGCAAAAACUACUCCAUGACCGUCAACAAAUCCCUGCAAGAUAUUCUAAAUCAGUUUUUCCCAGGGUACAGCAGCGGGCGAUGAUCAUUGGCUCGGUCUACUCAGCCCUCGAGGAAACGCGAUGUAAACUGUAAGGGGAAUUUUCAGUAGAGGCAAUAAAGAAUCAGUUUCUCUUAAUAUAUUUUUAUGAUUUAUAAAACUACAAUUUUUGUGGACUUCAAUGCUGCCAUUUUUCACCUUGGAUCUGCCAUGACGUGUAGUGAAAGAUAAAUUGAAAAUUCCUUUUUGUAAUUGUACCAUUACUCCGUUAAUACUUUACACCGUGAUUUUACUCCCAGCGUUUUCAUUUUGUACCAUUAACUAAUGCUAAUGUUAUCCAUAUUGUUAAAUGUUUGUUACCUUUAACUAAAUCCCUCCAUUUUUAGCACUCCUUAAGAGAAUGUUGAGUCAAAAGUGGUUUAGCCAUUUGCCCAAGUUGUUUGGAGGUUGUUUUGUACGAGGCUUUUAUUAGAAUCCAGAUCAUAUCUGGUGUGCCUUUAGUUUGGCUGUGGUUAGUCGUCAUUUUGGUGCAAUUUUUUAACAUCUGUCAAUGUCAACUGUCUGACCAUCAUCUGACCUGGAAGGCUCCAUUAUGUGACUCCUGUAGCUCUGUACUUGUCUUUACUUUAAUUUUUAAAUACCUGGUUUAGGGUUCAGUUGACCAACUAGAUAAAAGUAGACAAACCAUCAACAUAGUCAGGGUUUGAAAUAUGCACCAUCCACCGGCCAAAUGCUGGUAAAAUAUGCACGUGGCUGCCAGAAACAAACAAUAGUGGCCAGUAGAUUCUGGAAUCCAUCAGCCACAGUUGCAGGUGGACAUAAACUGCAUAAUAUAAUCUUGACAGGCUUCCAAAUGUAACGCGUUGCAUUUGUGCUGACUUGGAUCAGAUGAUUUCAAUUGCAGUAACAUGACAAGUGAUCAGAGCUCCAUAACAUGUAGAUGAGACCCUGUGAUACAAGCACAAACUGAACCACUUACAUUUUUUUUGUUUGUUUUUCUGCUGGACAGUCUGAGAGUGUCGUGUCAGGGAAUGGUGUCAUCAAAUGUGGUUGGACAGUUUGUGUAUUGGUUCCUUAAAUAUUGUCAUACCCUAAUGUUAUAUUUGUAUGUGAAGCUUGUGAGGUUUGGUUUAAAAGUUACUAUGAAUUUGAUACAAUCGGCUAAACAUUAUAGAUUCUUAAGCCCAUUAUAUACUGCGGUGAAGAUUUGAAUUUCCCCAGUUCACUUUUAAUAAAGUCCAAAGAAACGAAACUACUUAACCAAGAGUGUAAUGUAGGUCUCCCAUAUAUCUAGCUCUUUAGACUUUGCCCUCACUCAAACCUAAGUGAGUCUAGAAACCUUAUUUGUAUUUUUUGCUAAAAUUAAAAUUUGUACUUUUUCAUCUUUUAUAAUCUAUUACUGCCAUCUGGG